UCGCGGAUGGUUUUGUAGACCGCUUCGGAAGGGCAUCGUGGUCGUUUAAGCUGAGCUGCUGCGGCCACCCGCGUUGCCCGGAGUGUUUUGCACCAUGUCUGGUCGACGUACAGCGAUAACGGCGACACUAGAAAAUGACGGCCCUCAUCACGAUAUCUGGCUAUCCGUCCUCUGGAAAAUCACAGCGGGCAGCUCAGAUCAAACGACACAUCGAGGCCCGGCUGGAAGACCCAUCUUAUGUGGGACCAUCGCUGUCCGUCGCUGUCCUCGACGACACUCUCAACAUUGACCGAUCUUCUUAUAAUGAUUCGAGAUCAGAAAAACCAGCUCGCGGAACGCUCUUCACAGCUGUCCAGCGCAACCUGGCUCAGAACAAGGUUGUCAUCGUCGAUUCGCUGGACUACAUCAAGGGAUUCCGGUAUCAGAUCUAUUGUGCUGCGAGGGAGCUCAAAGUCCGCGUCUGUACGGCCUGGGUGUACGUGCUCGCUAUGCCCGAUCUGUGCAAGCAAUGGAACAGCGAACGCACGGAUGGAGAAGUAUACGCCCCAGAGACCCUUGCGAACCUGCUGCAGCGCUAUGAAGAGCCCUCUUCGAUGGUUCGAUGGGACUCCUCUCUCUCUACCGUGUCAUGGACAGAUGAAGACGUACCAGCAGACGACAUCUGGAGAGCGAUAACCGAAGGAAUAAUGAAGCCCCCCAACACGGGAACACAAGCUGUCGCAAAAGCCCCGACCGACGCCCUGCGUACGCUCGAGCACACCACUGCUUCGGUCGUUUCUGCCCUCGUCUCCGAACAGGUCAACUCCGGCUCGCUCGGCGGCAUCACCCCCGUCACUCUCUCCUCUACGCUGCAAGUCCGCAUAACCCUUCCCCCACGUAAUGUGACACUGUCGGAGCUGCAGAGGUUGAAAAGACAGUUUGUGACGUUGCAUAAGAAGGCGAUUACACUGGGUACAACAGAGAAGGGUGCGGUGGAUUGGAGUGAGCAGAGCGUUGCGGACAAGUUUGUCGUGUACCUCGAAGAGAAUAUGAAACCUUGAGUUAGUAAUUACAUGGACCUACAGCAUUUUACUUAUCCGUGCGACUCAACUUGGAAAAUCUCGAAGCAAGAAAUACGAGAUCUCAACUGCUAUUCCUCGGUCUUAUCACCUUAUCCUCUUCGUCAGCUUCAUGCACAAUGCCACACGCACAAGAAGUGUCCAUGCAGCAGACAGCAAGCCGAAAGGAGGCAAGAGCCAGCUCACAACCCACGUUCGACCAACCGUACG